AUGAAUGCAUGGAUGAUCUUUGGUUUGUUACGACUAUCUCCACAAUUCAACAAUUCAAGUUUCUUAACCUGCAGCUCAAUUGAACCUUAUCAUCAGCGUCAAGGUUGCAUAACUUACCUAGUAACGUUGAUAAUUGGAUUUUUCAUUUCCGCGUUGUACAUUCUCUCAUCGAUCUUAACCGCAUGGUUAUGGACAAGAUCAUCCUCAGCCACCAACACGAACCCUAACCCUAACCAAUCCAACCUCGACAGCGAAUCCUCAAAGUCAUCAUUAUCAUUAACUCUAUCGAAAUUGAAUCAAAUAAGGAAUUCGCAAAUUGUCAACGAUUUCUCGGAAUUCCAAGAUGGUGAAUUUAGACAUUCUGAAAUACACGCAGAAAUGUCGUUAAAAGAAUUUGUUGAACUUAAUAAACGUUUCUCUCAUUUAUUUAACGAUGGGUCAGAAUUUAAUGGGACGGAUGGCACGAUCGUAAUUUUUCGUAGGCCUUCCCCUUCUUAUCUUCGUUACGAACAAUCCUCUCGUAAUAAUUCAUUAUGUGAGAGUUAUUUGGAAGCCAACAGAAGGAAAUACAUGUCCGAAUAUAGUUUGGAUAGUUCAUUUAGUAGAACUUAUGGUUCGAUAAUAAUUCCGCGUAAAUAUUUACCAAGUACCGCACGUAGCGAAACUGAUAGUACAAAUAGCAUGCUUAGUAGGUGCGAUGGGUCCAUCUUAGUGGGUAGAAAUCAAAUCACUUCCACUUAUAGUGAUAAUAGCAGUAAGCGUUUAUCAUCAGCAUUUAGCGAUCAAACUACUAGUAGUAAAUACGAUGGUUCAAUCAUUAUAAAAUUAGUCGAAUAA